GAUCCCUGAGAGGGCGGAGACACGUCCGUUCAUCGCCAUCGUGUCUUGACUCUUCAUGCUCAUGCUCAUCAUCAAAUUCCUCUCUCUACCUUAACAUCAUUCGUCACGAUCACGCCGCGAGGCAUCCAUCUCUCACUGUCCCCCGACGCAUGCAUCAGAUCACAGCAUUCGUCACAUGCGCAGAAAUGACAGCAAGAGCUCAUGCAUGUUAUGCAGCGUGCCGAGCGUCGUCUUGAAAAAGUGAUCGGCAACCUGGUUGAAUUAUUUGCACUCCGAUCCUGAAGAUCUAGCAUCUCCCACGAAUUUCAACCACACAUCGUCUCCUCGAAAUCUUCCAGGACAAAGCCACUGACAGCUCCUCCGUAUCUGCUUGAUCACUCUUGUGCAACAGUGUGCUCGAGCAGCCACAGUCAGAGCCCAUGGCUUCAUCUUCAGCGCUGGGAGGAGGGGAAACGUGCAGGAAAGCUGGCAGUCCAGAAGCAUAUGAUGCUCUGCGUCGCCGGAAUGGUGCAGCGGAGAUCUUGCAGAGUUAUGAGAAGUUGAGCUGGCACGCGUUCAAGCGCUGUGAGGUCUGUUGCUUGGAGGUCAAGUACUGUCUUAAGAUUCCGCCUCUGACAUCUUUCUCAGACAAUAACACAAACUCGAAUGCACUUCCAAUGCAUUAUUGCUGGCUUCACGCCCGAAGACGAAGAGAAACGCAUCUACUGGAAAGAGGAUUUCACCCCACAUCCAGGACAUGAAACUAAAUCGAGUCGCAAGGGCAAGGAACGGGCAAGCUUGGGUGUAGAAUCGAGUACGAAAGCCCGAAGUCGAGAGAAGAAAGACAGAUCUUCACUAGGCGAGGGUAGCAAGAGUCCUCGAGUAGCAUCCAAAGAGAGCGGGAUUACGAAACCUACGACAUCUCGAGAAGCGGGUAGCGGUAAUUGACCACGUAAGGUGACACGAGAGACGAAGAUCAACGACGACGAGUUGAAUUUCUACCAAGAAAUAUGCUUUUCUUGCUUGUAUAGCUCUAGCACCCAUAUCAAGAUUCCC